CCUUCGAAAAUUCCAGAUUUCUCUUUCGGUUCAUGAAAAAGCAAGGUUCUUGGCGAUUCGCUUCAUUGCAUUUCAGACGCAAAUUCGACGCACGAUCUCAUUCCGAAGAAUUCAAGAGCUCGCAACACAUCAUAUUAUCGUGGUUUUCUUCUUUAGGCGUUGUAUUUUGGUCGGAGAUUUUACGGUUUUCGUUUCAACGGGAUUACGAAGGUAAGAUUCAAAUUGAACAAUGAAUCCUGAAAAGUUCACCCACAAGACCAAUGAGGCUCUGGCCGGGGGUCAUGAACUGGCUAUGAACGCCGGCCACGCUCAGUUUACUCCUCUUCACAUUGCAGCAGCUUUAAUCGCCGAUCCCCAUGGUAUCUUCCGUCAGGCAAUCGUCGGCGCCGGAGGGGGUGACGACGCUGCAAAAUCGGUGGAGAGAGUAAUCAAUCAGGCGAUGAAGAAACUGCCUUCCCAAUCACCUCCCCCUGAUGAAAUACCCGCCAGCACUACUCUAAUCAAAGUGAUCCGUCGAGCACAGUCUUUGCAGAAAUCACGCGGUGACACACAUUUGGCUGUCGAUCAAUUGAUUCUAGGACUGCUGGAGGAUUCACAGAUUCAAGAGCUAUUGAAGGAGGCCGGCGUGACUGUUACCAAGGUGAAGGCUGAAGUUGAUAAGCUGCGGGGGAAGGAAGGGAAGAAGGUAGAGAGUGCAUCAGGGGAUUCAAAUUUCCAGGCUUUAAAGACGUACGGUAGAGAUCUUGUUGAGCAGGCUGGGAAGCUCGAUCCUGUGAUCGGUAGGGACGAAGAAAUUCGAAGGGUAGUAAGGAUCCUUUCAAGGAGGACUAAGAACAAUCCUGUCCUGAUUGGAGAGCCUGGUGUGGGUAAAACUGCUGUGGUUGAAGGAUUAGCUCAGAGGAUUGUUAGUGGUGAUGUUCCGAGUAAUCUCGCUGACGUGAGGCUUAUAGCAUUGGACAUGGGUGCAUUGAUCGCCGGAGCUAAAUACAGAGGAGAAUUCGAGGAGAGAUUGAAGUCUGUUCUUAAAGAAGUUGAAGAGGCUGAAGGGAAAGUGAUAUUAUUCAUUGAUGAAAUUCAUCUUGUUCUUGGCGCCGGACGGACUGAGGGAUCGAUGGAUGCAGCCAAUCUCUUCAAACCAAUGCUUGCGAGGGGUCAGUUGAGGUGUAUAGGCGCAACUACACUUGAAGAGUACAGGAAAUACGUCGAAAAAGAUGCUGCAUUCGAGCGACGUUUCCAGCAGGUUUAUGUUGCCGAGCCUAGCGUCCCGGAUACGAUCAGCAUUCUCAGAGGUUUGAAGGAGAAAUACGAAGGGCAUCAUGGUGUCAAGAUUCAGGAUCGUGCCCUUGUCGUUGCGGCUCAAUUAUCUGCUCGUUACAUUACUGGGAGGCAUUUACCUGACAAGGCAAUCGAUCUUGUUGACGAGGCAUGUGCCAAUGUGAGAGUACAGCUCGACAGCCAGCCGGAAGUUAUUGAUAAUUUGGAGAGGAAGCGGAUCCAAUUGGAGGUCGAGCUUCAUGCCCUUGAGAAGGAGAAGGACAAAGCUAGUAAGGCUCGGCUCGUUGAAGUCCGAAAGGAACUUGAUGAUCUGAGAGACAAACUGCAGCCGCUGAAGAUGAGAUACAGUAAGGAGAAAGAAAGAAUCGAUGAGCUCCGAAGGCUGAAACAGAGGAGGGAUGAGCUCAUGUAUGCCUUGCAGGAAGCUGAGCGACGAUAUGAUCUUGCAAGAGCUGCAGACUUGAAAUAUGGUGCGAUACAGGAAGUCGAGAGCGCCAUAGCCAAGCUCGAAGCUACUUCGACUGAGAGUGGGAUGCUGACAGAAACUGUCGGACCGGAUCAAAUUGCAGAAGUCGUGAGCCGUUGGACCGGAAUACCCGUCACACGGCUUGGCCAAAACGACAAGGAGAGACUAAUUGGCCUCGCUGAUAGGCUGCACCAAAGGGUUGUCGGGCAGGAUCAAGCAGUUACUGCUGUUGCGGAGGCUGUGUUGAGGUCGAGAGCUGGUCUUGGAAGACCUCAGCAGCCGACGGGAUCGUUCCUUUUCCUGGGACCGACUGGUGUCGGCAAGACAGAGCUCGCCAAGGCCCUGGCUGAGCAACUUUUUGACGACGAUAGCUUGAUGGUGAGGAUCGACAUGUCCGAAUACAUGGAGCAACACUCUGUUGCUCGACUGAUCGGCGCCCCACCGGGUUAUGUCGGACAUGAAGAAGGCGGACAACUUACCGAAGCUGUGCGCAGGCGGCCGUACAGCGUCAUCCUCUUCGACGAAGUUGAGAAGGCCCAUCCAACGGUAUUCAACACUUUGCUCCAAGUUUUGGAUGACGGAAGGCUGACUGACGGCCAAGGCCGGACUGUCGACUUCACGAACACCGUCAUUAUCAUGACAUCGAACCUUGGCGCUGAGCAUCUGUUGAGGGGAUUAGUCGGGAAGUCCUCCAUGCAGAGCGCCCGGGAAAUGGUGAUGCAGGAGGUGAGGCAGCAUUUCAAACCCGAGCUCCUCAACCGUCUAGACGAGAUAGUCGUGUUCGAUCCUCUCUCGCACGACCAGCUGCAGAGAGUCUGCCGCCUACAGUUGAAAGACGUGGCGAGCCGUCUGGCGGAGAGGGGUAUCGCGCUGGGCGUAACCGAGGCAGCCACCGACGUCAUAUUAGCUGAAAGCUAUGAUCCGGUGUACGGUGCGCGUCCGAUAAGGCGAUGGCUGGAGAAACGGGUGGUGACAGAGCUGUCGAAGAUGCUUAUAAGGGAGGAGAUCGACGAGAACUCGACCGUGUUCAUUGAUGCAUCGUCGGAUGGGAAGGAUUUGACGUAUAGGGUCGAGAAAAAUGGAGGGCUGGUGAAUGCUGCCACCGGGGAGAAGUCAGAUAUCUUGAUUCAGCUGCCGAACGGCGCUGCUCGUCCGGACGCCGCCCAGGCGGUGAAGCGGAUGAAGAUUGAAGAGAUCGACGACGACGAAGAUGAGAUGGAUGAGUAAACAGGCUGCUGAAAUAUAUAUAUAUAUAUAUAUAUAUGGAGUUCGAUGUUUGUUGGUUUUUUGUGCUUAAUGCUCUCGAUGGCGUUGUAGUGUUUUUGCUUUUGUAUCUGAACAACUGUUUAAUGUAAUCGGAAGGCCGUUUUCGGGGCCUUGUUCUUUACAAAUUGCAAAUUGCUCUCCCAUCUCUU